GCCGAAUACUGAAACGUCACUUAAAUAUUUAAGUCCAACUCAACUAUUUGAGACGCCGUUAAAUUAAAAUUUCGCAUACUCAAACGUCAUUUUUGAGCGUCACUCAAAUUUGAGAGCGACUCAAAAUAACUAGCCUUUAAACACCACUCAAAGUAAAAACCGUAUACUGAAACGCCACUCAACGAAUGACAAAUGUCAAAAAGCCCACUCAAAUUAUUUGAGACGCCGUUAAAUUUGAGAGUGGUCGCUAGCUAUCUUAAAUCGUUUAUCAGUGUUUUAUAAGUUUAAAAAAUGUCACUAUCUUCACUUUCUUCACUUUCGGACGACGAAACGACAUCCCGUAGCAGCCGUAAGAAUGAAGAAAAGUUAAAUGGCUUCGAAAAAUAUGAUGACAACCAAUUUCUAAGUCGGUUCCGUGUUUCCAAAGAUACGGUAUUAUACCUGGAGUCAUUGUUUGGCAAGGAAAUCGCGCCUUUGACGAAACGCAACCGAGCCUUAAAGCCAAGAGACCAAAUUUUGAUAGCUCUUCGAUUUUACGCUACUGGCAGUUAUCAAAAAGUUAUAGGAGACAUAUUCCACGUCGAACAAGUAACUGUUCACCGUGUGGUACAUAAAGUCACAGCUGCAAUAGCAAAACUCAGUUGCAAUUUCAUUAAAAUGCCGGAUUCCCAAGAACGAAUAGAAGUGGCAAACGACUUUUACUCCAUUGCAGGAUUUCCGAGGAUAUUGGGAGCUAUUGAUUGUACACACAUUAAAAUCAAUUCACCAGGGGGAUAUCAAGCUGAAACUUUUCGCAACAGAAAAGGGUUUUUUUCGUUAAAUGUGCAAAUUGUAUGUGAUGCGAAAUUAUGCAUCCGAAAUGUGGUAGCAAGAUGGCCGGGCUCUGUACAUGAUAGUACAAUUUAUAAUGACUCUCCUUUAUGUGCACAAUUUGAGCGUGGUGAUUAUGCAAAUUUUGUGCUUUUAGGAGACAGUGGUUACCCAUGUCGACAUUAUUUGCUUACCCCUCUAUUAAAUCCAAAUACAAUAGCUGAAGAAGCAUAUAAUAGAGCUCAGGUAGCAUCAAGGAACCCUAUUGAAAGGCUUUUUGGUGUUCUCAAAUGUAGAUUUCCAAGUUUACAUAACGGCCUAGGAGUAAAUGUAAAAAAUAUUCCACCAAUUAUUGUGGCAUGUGCAGUGCUUCAUAAUAUUGCACUGUCUAGGCAAGGUAACAUAAUAGUUGAAGAGGAUACUUUAAACAGUGUUGAGGAAAUACAAACUGAUGAAACAAUCCAUGAAGGCAAUCAGAAUUUUGUUGUUCGAUCAUCAAUAAUUAAUACACAUUUUACUUAUUAAUCACUAUUUUAUUUUCAAUUUAG